UGUGUACUUGGACGACAGGAGCUGUCGUCAGUUUUGUACUGCUUUCGACUGUGAUCUCAACGGUAUCCUCCUCCGGCUUCUUCGAGAUGCAAAUCCUGGAGAUUGCCAACACCAACAGUCACCUGCUGUCCGGAUAUUGCUGCGGCAUGCCGACGGGGAAGCAGCAACUCCAGACGACCGGAUGUCCGGCAUGUGUGACGGCAUUUCGGUUGUGCCUGAAGGAGUACCAGGGCACGACGUCGGCUUCUGGGCAGCUGAAGCAGAAGCAGCAACAGCAGCAACAGCAGCUGCUGGAACCAAGUUCCGAAUCGACGUCGUCGUCGUCAUCCGCCAUGUAUGGGUGUGCCUUCGGGAAUGCCAGCACCCCGGUCCUCGGCGGGUCAAGUUUUGUGCUGUCCGAUUCGGAAGUCGGCCGAGUGACGCUUCCUUUCACGUUCCGGUGGACGAAAUCGUUCACGCUCAUUCUGCAGGCGCUGGACAUGUACAACGAGUCGUACCCAAUUGUGGAACGACUCAUCGAGGAGACAUCUUUCUCCGGCGUUAUUCUGCCGUCCCACGAGUGGAAUACGCUGGACCAUACCGGAAAGAACGCCCGGAUCACAUACAGGGUUCGGGUGCAGUGCGCAGAUAACUAUUACAACACCACUUGUACGACGUUCUGCCGGCCCCGGAACGACCAAUUCGGCCACUAUACCUGCGGGGAGCAGGGCAACAAGGUGUGUCUUCCGGGCUGGCAGGGCGCCAACUGUGAGAAAGCCAUCUGUAAGCCAGGAUGUGAUCAAAUUCAUGGCAAAUGCGACCAGCCGGGAGAAUGCGAAUGUCGGCCCGGCUGGCGGGGUCCGCUUUGCAACGAGUGCAUGGUCUAUCCGGGCUGCCGGCACGGUUCCUGCAAUGGCAGCGCCUGGCAGUGCAUCUGUGAUACCAACUGGGGCGGGAUUCUGUGCGAUCAAGAUCUCAACUACUGUGGAACGCACGAACCCUGCAUGCACGGCGGAACCUGUGAGAACACCGCUCCGGAUCAGUACCGGUGCACCUGUGCCGAGGGACUGUCCGGAACACGGUGUGAAAUCGUGGAACACCCCUGUGCUCCGCAGCCCUGUCGGAACGGGGGAACUUGUACGCUAACCGCGGGGUCUGGUUCGGGCGCUUCAGCAGCCGCGGCAGAUGGCGCCAGUUCCGAGGAUCGAUCCGAAAGCACGACGCUGCUGCCAAUGUUUGUGAGGGGAAUGCGUGGCAUGAGCUCGAUGGGAAAACCUUUUGGGCGAAGUGCCGCCGGGAGUUCCGGGAGUGAUUCGGUAAUUUCCGGCAGCCCCAAGGAGCUGAUGACAGCACUGGGGAGAAGCCAUCCGCUGGUGCCCUCCGCGCAACCCAUCAAGGACUUUGUGUGCAGCUGCGCGCCCGGAUGGACCGGGCCGACCUGUGAAAUAAAUAUUGACGAAUGUGCCGAGGGUCCCUGCGAAAACGGGGGAACCUGCAUCGAUAUGGUUGGUCGGUUCCGUUGCGAGUGUCCACCCCAAUGGACCGGCGAAGCUUGCAGCAUUGAUGUCGACGAAUGUGAGUCCAACGUAGCCUCCGGCUUGGGGCCCUGCAUCAAUGCCAAAUCCUGCCGGAAUCUGCCUGGUUCGUUCCAGUGUAGCUGCCUGGAGGGCUGGGGUGGUCCAACCUGUGUCCAGAAUUUGGACGACUGCGUGGGCAAGUGCAAAAAUGGGGCCACCUGCAUCGAUCGGGUCAACGACUACCAUUGCGCCUGUGCCGUCGGAUACACCGGUCGCGACUGCAGUACCGAUAUUAACGAGUGUGCCAACGUUCCCUGCCGGAAUGGGGGCGAAUGUGUCGACCUGAUUGGGAACUUCAAAUGCAUCUGCCCGCUCGGAUACUCGGGAACGCUGUGUGAGGUAAGUUUAUUUGUCUUUAAAAUGUUAUUCGUUUAUCUAGCAUUUUUUUAA